AUGUUUGCCAAUGCCUACGCCAAAUCGGCCAUGCUCAAAGGCGCCAACGCAGCCAUGAUCGAAGCUAAGGUCCGACAGUAUCUAAAUCUGAUUGCACGACAGGAAGGCUCGAGCGAGAUAUUUGCCUCAUUACACUACUUUUCUUUAGACGUUACCACUGACUUCUUAUAUGGGAAGUACGGGAAGACGUCCUGCUUGGAAGGCUCCGAAGCCGACUGCGCGUUAGUCGAUGAUGUAGUGGACGUUACGUGUCGUAGACUGUCCUGGUUCGCCGUUCACCUACCACGCUUCACUGCAUGGCUGUAUUCUAGCACCAGUCUUUUUGGAAGAGUCGCCCGCUGUUUUUAUCCGAUGCAGCUACCAAUCACGUACACAGGCAUCCGGCGCCACACUAUUAUUGCAUGCCAAGAAUUUGCACGAAGUUCAGCGGCCUACGACCCCUCUGAGAGCGUGGAGCAGACUCUACCGUUCAUCGCGAAGCUGUGGAAGCAUCACUGCUCCCAACAGACUAUUGGUGGACUGGACGACGUUGAUAUCGCUUCCUACGACACCUUGAUGUUUCUCAUCUGGUCGCUCUCCCGUCCCGAGAGCAGCAAGUUCCAGAAGAAACUCAUCGACGAAGUCCGCAGCAUAUACCAGGAAGGCCUCAACCCAGACGGCAUUCCAACCGUCGAGACCAGUGACAAACUUCCUUAUGUAAACGCUGUCAUCAAAGAAACUCUGCGACUCUAUGCUCCCUUGCCAACCUCUGAGCCACGGGAAGCCCCCACAGCCACAGUGAUUGAUGGCUAUCAUAUCCCAGCAGGAACUACAGUACCUGUCUCGCCGUAUAUCCUACAUCGGAACCCAAAAGUCUUCCCGAAUCCGAUGCAGUUCAACCCCGAUCGUUGGAUGGAUCCCUCCCAGAACAUUCCCGAAAUGAACAGGUGGUUCUGGGCAUUUUCCAGCCGAAGCAGAAUGUGUAUUAGGCUCCACCUUGCAAUAGCGGAAAUGACCACGUUAGUGGCCGCUGUAUAUCGCAAUUAUACCACCACUACCGUUGGUAAUCUUGAUACAGUUUCGCCUGGUAUCACAAGUCGCUACGAAUUUUUUUACGAUGAAGGAUGCAGCGGCGUAAAGUUGAGUUUUGGCUCCCAUUACCAUUGCACCAAUACCAAAGCCUUGCCCUCUCACAACAUAUUCUAGGAACACGAAUGCCACAUUCAAUUCGACACAUUGGCUGCAUAAGCCUUGUAACAUGCU